AUGAAAAAGCCAAAACGGACGUUCUACGUGCCAGUGAUCGCCAGACGUAGUGAAGCUUGGCAGCAGGCGGCACUGAGGCAUUGGCAGCAGAGGCUAGUCGACUGGGCCUAUGGCGAGCUUCGAUCGGUUGAAGUCGGAGCCCGCAAACUUCUUGGGGCGUCUAGUAUUCCCAUGCUUAGGCGCAAGAGGGUAGAAUUUACAGAAGCCAAGCCAACUAUCUACUAUCUAUCGAGCAGAGAGUCUGAGACAACGAAUAAAGACUUGGACUACGAUGUAAAUGAGCAUCGGACUAAGCGACUUCAUCUAUCCCUCGAUCAGCAUCCGAGCUCAUCUGGAUCUCUGCUUGGAUCGUCAACGGGCUUGUAA